AUGGCAUCUCCUCCUCCAACGAAUAACAGUACUACGCUCAAAGGGAAUGCUAUCACACAACAACAUACCCUUCAUGCCGCACUCCUGUCGUCUCGAAUCGCACUCCAAAAAUCAGUCACCAUCGCAAACCGACUUCCGCUUCCGGACGCUAUAGUAGCAUAUCGGGAGCAUGACGCUGCGAGGGACGCUGUGAAGGAACUAGAAGAGGAACUGAGAGGUUUAGAAGAGGAACUUGCAAGUGUACAGGAGGUUCUAUGUAACCUGAAUGGGAUGAACGCGGAGGAGCGUCCGCUAAAGCGGAAACGUCCCACCGUCGAAGUGGACGAAGACGAAGCCAACGAUAGAGCCUCGAUCGAGCAUGACUUUGCCACACAUUUGCAUACCGCACACGCCUACCACUCUCAGCUCACCGCCCACACUCAUGCAUACACCCUCCAGACUCUGAGCAAAUGGAGCAGCAAAGUACUCGCCGUACAUCCCACGCUCUUCCAGCCGCAAGGUCAACAGGGAACCGGCACAUCCAAGUUUGCACAGCAGAUGCGGGAUGGGAACGGGACUGGAGCAGGGGAGACGCCGAGGGAUGUCGUGCAGGCUGUGGAGAUGGCUUUGGCCAACGAUGGGCUGAAGCGGAAGACACGCGGACGUGUUCAUGGGGAAAGGAGGAUAGGUGCGAAACACGACGCGCUUGCGGGGCCUAGCGUUGGUAGUCAAGACAGACAAGCACAAGAAACGGACGUGGACGGUAAUGAGGAAGGAGGGAAUAACACCGCCCAGACCAGUGACGAGCAAGAGACUUUCUCAGACGGAGACUUCUAUGGUUCCCUUCUCCGUGAGAUUAUCGAUUCCCGCCGCCUUCCCGGCACCCUCUCGUCCGAGGCGCUCACCCAGCUUCUGCCCAACCGGAGGUCGAAACAGCUCAAGCCGCGCGUCGAUACCAAAGCCAGUAAAGGCCGGAAAAUACGCUACGAGGUGCAUGAUAAGCUGAGGAGGUUUAUGAUGCCGUCUAUGCCUGUGGUUGUCAGGGGUUGGGGGGAAGCACAGGUUGACGAGCUUUUUGGUAGUUUGCUGGGAGGAGGGGGUGAAACGGGCCUAGGGCCAGUUGAGGAGGGGACUCAUCCAACCACGUUGGACAAACAGCAUGAUAAAACGCAGAACGACACAGAUAUACCAGUCGGGCAGCUAAGGGUAUUUGGUUAGUACAUGUAUAUGGUUCCCAGCAGUUUGUAGUACGGCAGUGGUAUAAUGCAUUCGGGUAACCUCCCUCUGCCAGCA